AUGGAGGCGCCGUCAAGACGACAAUCGAAGGUGGAGGCUGAGGCGGCGGGUGAGGAGGUUAUAGCGUCAAAAGGGUCUGCAAGCAAGCAGGGGGUCCGGCUGGGCCACGAGACCUGUUUCAGCCUUACUCGGCCCUUCCACGCUUGCAGUCGGAGCUGUCCACGGAAGAGGGCAGGUGUCCGGGCCAACUAUUCGGUUGAGUGGAGGAAGAAAACGAGACCGAGCAGAGCCAGUCUCUCGGCCGGCUUCGCUGUCCCAUCGACGCCUACCUCCUCAAAUCUCUCUCCUCAACACUGCCCCACUCUGUUCAGCUGGCCACCUCGUUGUUGCCGUCUCUUUUGUGGUGUCGGUGAUUCUAUAAACUCUCCUCCCUCCGAUUCGCUCUGCCUUCUGGCCUCGCCACCUCCACAUGCCCUUGCUCGUCACCUUUGGCCCUGCCUCGCCAGUCCACCUCUCGUCUGUCCCAGCCAUGGCCAGACGAACUUCCCGAAGUAG